GGCGGUUGUUCAAGUUCUAUUUGUACUUAUUCCUUUUGGCUCUCACGCUUGCGUGCUUUCAUGCUGUGCUAAGCUGGUAUAAGCGGAGGCUUUUACUUCUUCUUUUUCUCUUGAAAAGUGAGGCUUUUGCUUCUUCAAAGCAAUGCUACCUAUUAUAAUUAGCAUUUCAUUGCUUAGUAGCUCCAAUUCAAGGCUCACUCUAGUUUUAGGUCUUUUGGACUUGCUUUCUUUUAUUUUACCCUGCUUAUGAUUUGCAGAGACUAAUGACUAUGCUUGCAACUAAUUGCAUAGAAGCUAAAAUUACAAUUUGUUCCAGAUGGAAGUUCCUACUUUCCUAGACUAGUCGUCCGUGCUUCUGUUUUGGAACUUCGAGUUAUAUAUGCCCAGGUCCCGGCAGAUCUAGGAGGACUGUAUCGAAACCUCAAAUUUUCUUUUAAUGGAAGCGACCUGUGUAGCCAAAUCAGGAAGUGGGUAUAUGUUAUCCUACAUUCACACUAGCUCAUGGCAGGAUGUGAAUAGAUGUAUAUUUUUGUUGUUUAGACUUUAGAGUAUACGUUUUAAAUAUACCUAUUGGUGGUAGAUCAGAACAGGUGGCUGUUUUCAUGGUGUCAAACUACCUUUGUCAGCUAAAGUAUGCCUUUUCUUUUGUUAUGUAGUGUGCUGUACUGUUACUGGUUUUUCACAUCCACAUACCAAUAUCUCAUAGGAUUUCACUGAAUUCAACUGUUGAAGAAAGACAAGGAAGGUGGCCUUUGUAGUGGCACGGAACAGCUAGCGGAAUUUCCCAAAUACUGACCUGGAUCAUGGCUGCUCUUUGUGAUUUCUGUGGGAAACAAAGGUCAAUGGUCUAUUGCCGAUCAGAUGCGGCAUCCUUGUGCUUAUCAUGUGAUCGUAAUGUUCAUUCAGCUAAUGCACUGUCUCGGCGUCAUACAAGGACCCUUCUUUGUGAUCGUUGUGGCUCACAGCCUGCAGCAGUCCGUUGUCUUGAAGAUAACGCCUCGCUUUGCCAAAAUUGUGAUUGGAAUGGGCAUGAUGCAGCAUCGGGGGCUACGGGGCAUAAAAGGCAGGCCAUAAACUGUUAUUCAGGCUGCCCAUCAUCGGCAGAGCUUUCGAGAAUCUGGUCAUUUGUCAUGGAUAUCCCUACUGUAGCUGCUGAGCUGAACUGUGAGGAUGGAAUAAGCAUGAUGAUCAUUGAUGACAGUGCUGUGAGUAAUCGUUGUGGUGCUCCGAAUGAUAACAGAUUGUUGGAAAUAGCAAGCACAACACUCAUGAGUGAGCCACCCACUGGUGACAAUCUUGAACCUCUGAUAGGGUCUUCUUCAGGAGAUGGGAUCAAUAUUGUGCCACUAGCCACUGAUCAGCCAGCUGGACCAGUUUCAAUGACGCAAAAGGUACCUGAUACCACAGUCAAUGAUAAGUUCGAUGAUGGCAGCAUAUAUGAAGACUUCUGUGUGGAUGAUGCUGACCUGACAUUCGAGAAUUACAAGGAACUAUUUGGCACCUCUCAUGUUCAAACAGAGCAACUCUUUGAUGAUGCUGGAAUUGACAGUUACUUUGAAAUGAAGGAAACACCACCUAUUGGCUCUAAUGAGGAGCCUAAAUAUAUGCAGCUAGAUUGUAGCAAUGUGGUAUCAGCUGAUUCUGCAAUGUCAAAACCAGGAGCAAGGGCUGAUUCCAGCCUUUGUAUUCCUGUGAGGCAGGUCAGAUCCAGUUUAUCCCGUUCCUUCUCUGGUUUGACUGGUGAGAGCAGCGCUGGUAAUCACCAAGAUUGUGGGGUAUCACCAAUGCUCCUCAUGGGUGAGCCACCCUGGCAUUCUCCUGGUCCUGAAGGCUCACUUGCUGGAGGUAGCAGAGAUAGCGCUCUCACACGAUACAAGGAGAAGAAGAAGAGACGAAAAUUUGACAAGAAGAUCAGAUAUGCGUCUCGCAAGGCUAGGGCAGACGUGCGGAAAAGGGUCAAGGGACGGUUUAUAAAGGCUGGCGAAGCAUAUGACUAUGAUCCGCUCAGCCUAAGAAACUACUGAACCUGAAUGCAACUGGUUAUCAUCCACUGUCAUCCUAGCAACCUUCAGCUGCUCAUUUGUUGUUGGUUGCGCUACAUGCAAGAUCACUGGAGAGCACAAGUAAUUGCAACAGAGCCUGCAAUUGAAAUAUGGAAAAAGGGUUAAAAAGGAAGACCAAGCGUUGGGAUGAAAAAGACAAAAAGAAAUAUGCAAACAUGCGGGUGAGUAAUGGAUGCUGCUACUGCUCCAUUUUCUCCUGUGCAGUGGAUGGAAAAUGCAUCUUCAGUUACUUCUGGAUGAGUGGUUUGAAUCGCUCCGCCAUCUGUGCAUUGAUGCGAUACAGUUAUGGGCGCUCUUCCCCCAGCUCUCGUACCUGUUUCUGCCAUGGUGUCCGGCGGUGCGCCACCAGCCUUUACUUGUGGGUAACACGAUACAUUAUACCUCUGAAAUUUCCUCAUGUAAAUUUUUAUUUUUUGUGAAGCGCAAUCUGCUGUUGUGAGGAGAUUGUUCUUCAGCCGUGUAUUUAUAUAGAUGGAUGCAACAUUGGCAGAACAAUUAGUUGUGAUGAUUAUAAAGUUUGUUCUUGUAAGAUUACAGCAUUUGUCGGAUGAGUAGAAGAACCUUGUAUCUGGACACUGAACCUCUGUAAUUAUUUUGUGCCAUUAUUAUCAUCCUGACCUCCUGCCCAUGGCGCUUAUUGUAA